CUCCCUCCCUCCCUCCCUCCCUCUAAGCUCGCUCCCCUUUUUUCUUUCUAAACCCAACUAUUAACUAUAGUCUAUAUAUAAUUAUAUAAAUAAACAUGCAAACUGUUAUUUUGUAGUGUUAAUUCAUAUAUGCUUGGCUUACUUGUGUAUACAAAAACACAACGUAACACUUACUUGCUCUCCAUCAACUUCAGAUUCUAACAAAAUCUCAUCGAUCAUCAUGUCUAAAUCGUCUCACGUUGAACUCGAUUUCUUUGGUUUGCACAACCUUGCCAAUUCCAUGGCUCAUCCUCCUCAGCCUCAGACACAACCGCAGCCGCAGCCGCAGCCACAGCCUCGCCUUGAUCGCCGUCAAAGUUUCCGUGGAAUUGCAAAGAUAAAUCCGGAGAUAGUGAAGAGUGUGAUUGCAUCAGCUAAUGCUUCCAAGUCCUCAUCAUCACAUCCCGGGACUCCCACUUCAAGUCUUGGAAUGUCUCAACUUCCCCUCUUUCAUCCCAAUCCUUUUUCUGGGGAAGAUAGCAUGGAGAAAGCAGAAGAAACUGCCCCAAUGACCAUAUUCUACAAUGGGUCAGUUUCUGUUUAUGAUCUACCCAACGACAAGGCCGAAAGCAUAAUGAAGCUUGCAAUGGAAAAGAAUGAAUCAAAAAACGAAGGGAAGGUGGUGGAUUAUUCAUGUUUUAAGUCAUCCCAAGCAACUACUAAGAAUAUCCUCGGACGACUUAAUGAUGAUGAUGGAGAUGAUUCUGAUAUGCCUAUUAAACGUAAGAAGUCAUUGCAGAGGUUCUUUGAGAAGCGCAAAGAGAGGUUGGUGUCGCCAUAUACAAACAUAGAACACAUGGCGUCUGGAAUAGAGCAGCAAAAGGCCUAAUAAUGCACUACAAUGUCGGCAUAUCGCCAUAUCGCAGAGUAGACAACAAUAACAUACGUCCGUUUCUUCUUAUUUAGACAACAUACGGAUCGGGUUAUUAAUGUAUUUUCUCAAUGCAAAAGCUAGCUUCUUGCAACUUCCGACCUCUUUCCUAUAUGUGGAAUUUCUGCACGUUUUGAUUUGUCGUAUAUAUUAGUUAUAUCAUUAUUAUAUGUAUUCUAAACCAACCUCUACUUUAGUACUUCAUUAGUUAAUCAAACAAUGGGCUGUGUGGCCUGUGGAGUAGGUGCUUUCUUUUUAAAUUAGCAGUAAUGAUGUGCCACUUUAUUUCUUUGUUUGUUUGAUUGUAGUAUUACUAUCAUUAUAUUAAUGCAUAUGAUUUUAAUCACGUUUCUAA